AUGAUAUUAUUUAACUUGUUCAAUAUUUGGUUAUUAUCGCUGUUUAUUGAUCAAACAUCAGGCAUUUCAUACAAUCAACCAAAACUUUGUGCAAAUGCAGCGUGGAACCAGAAUGCUACAACGUUUGCCACGAGCACCUUGGUCGGCACAUAUCCUCUGGGUAUUUUUGUCGAUACAAACAACACUGUCUAUGUAGCUGAUCGAGCGGACAACAGGAUCUUGAUAUGGCUUAAUGGAAGUACUACAAUUACUGGAAAUCUUUCAGGUGGCUUAAACGGACCUUACCCUCUCUUCGUCACGGAUAAUGGUGAUACUUAUGUUGGUAAUGAGUACUCAAAUUAUGGAGUGGACAAAUGGGCAUGGAAUACGACAAAUAGUGUUCCAGCAAUGUAUACAUGUUCGUCAUGCUUUGGUAUUUUUGUGGAUAUUAACAAUAUGCUUUACUGCUCAAUGUAUUCUUAUCAUCAAGUUAUCUACAAAUCAUUGACCCAAAAUUUAAAUGUAUGGAGUAAUGUUGCCGGUGUAAGUGGUACAGCUGGGUCCACGUCGACUACACUUAAUGGUCCUGUGGGGAUCUUUGUUGAUAAAUAUUUGAACUUGUAUGUGGCUGAUUAUGCAAACAGUCGAAUUCAAAAAUUUGCAUCAGGACAAUUGAAUGGAACAACAAUAUCAACAGGUGCGAUCACACUCUCCUAUCCAACUUCAGUUAUACUUGAUAGUGAUGGAUUUAUUUUUAUUACUGACAAUCAUAACCAUCGUAUUAUUGGUUCAGGACCUAACGGUUUUCGAUGUAUAGCGGCAUGUUCUGGACAGGGUUCAUCAUCCAGUCAAUUAAAUUAUCCACAAAGUAUUAGUUUUGACAGUUAUGGAAAUAUAUUCGUUGUUGACCAGAAUAAUAACAGAAUUCAAAAAUUUCUUUUAUUAUCAAACUUCUGUAAUACAACCACAGCAACAACUAUGAUGAGCGUCGUUCAAACGACAACUGCAUCAACAUCCGUGUCUUAUUCCAAUGUUAUAUCAUUCAAUCAACCAAAAUUUGGCGCCUAUGCUACUUGGGAUAGUGUUGGAAUUACUUUUGCAAAUAGUAGCACAGCUGGCACAGGUCCAUAUGGAAUUUUCGUCGACACUAAUAAUACGAUUUAUGUAGCCAAUACACCAAACAAUCAAAUUCAAGUAUGGUUAUCAGGAAGUAGUAUACCCACAAGAAAUAUUACUAGUGGUGUUACUUCUCCAUAUAGUAUCUUUGCUACAAUCACUGGUGAUAUUUAUGUCGAUAAUGGAUAUGCAAAUAAUCGAGUCGAUAAAUGGACAUCAUACGGAAAUAUAAGUAGUUCAGUAAUGCAGGUUCAAGGUGCAUGCUAUGAUCUCUUUAUCGAUGUUAAUAAUACUCUUUACUGUUCAUUAUAUACUCAACAUCAAGUUGCUAUAAAAUCAUUGAAUGGUAAUUCAAGUAUGUGGACUGUUGCUGCUGGUACAGAAUGUUCUGGAUCAACUUCGAAUGCACUUUAUAAUCCUCGUGGAAUCUUUGUUGAUACAAAUCUUAAUUUAUAUGUUGCUGAUUGUGGAAACAAUCGAGUACAAUUAUUUUUAUCUGGACAAGUAACAGCAACUACAGUAGCAGGAAGUACAGCUACUGGAACUAUUUCACUUAGUUGUCCUAGUGAUGUUGCUCUUGAUAGUGAUGGAUAUCUUUUUAUUGUAGACAGCAAUAAUAGUCGUAUUAUUGGUUCAGGACCUAAUGGCUUUCGAUGUAUCAUUGCAUGCGGGUCUACCAGUGGUUCAACAUCCAGUCAAUUAAAUAAUCCAUCGACUUUUAGUUUUGAUAGUUAUGGAAAUAUAUAUGUUACUGAUCAAAAUAAUAGUCGAGUACAAAAAUUUUAUUUAACAACCAAUAUUUAUAGUACAACUAUCAAUCAACCAAACUUCUGUCCAUCUACAACAUGGUAUAUAAAUGCAACUACAUUUGCUAAUAUUAGUACGGCUGGAACUCUCGUAUAUGGUGUUUUUGUUAGUAUUAAUAAUACUGUUUAUGUAGCUAAUCAACAAACUAAUACGAUUAUAGUAUGGUACGAUGGAAGUAUUAAUCCAGAUAAAAUUAUUUUUGGUAAUCUAAGUUUACCAUUUGAUCUUUUCGCUGCUCCUUCAGGUGAUUUAUAUGUUGAUAAUGGCGGAAAUAAUCAUCGAGUUGAUAAAUUUUCAUUUAACUCAAAUAUAAGUACUUCUGUAAUCGUCUAA